AUGGACUUCUUCUCUCAACGAGAUUCUUCACUUCUCGUCGCCACUCCCCACUUCCCCAUGCGCGACGACGACGACGUCGUCGUCGCGCUGGCGGUGCAUAAACCUCGCGGGUACGUGUCCGAGCGCUUCCCCGACGGCGUCGUCGCGGACGCGUCCGGGCGGCGAUCCGUGUACGAGCUCAUCCCGCGCGACGAAGGCGAAGCGGGCGCGGACGUUGACGAUGUCGGGUCGUCCGAGGCUCCGAACCAGACGUCGCAUAAGCCGCUCACCGCCAUCGGUCGUCUCGACGCGGAGACGUCCGGGGUUCUGCUGUUCGCGCGCGGCGGGGAGCUGCACCGCGCGGUGCGAGGGCAGGGCGUGAAGAAAGUCUACGUCGCCACCGUCGCCGCGCCGAGCCAGGAGAGCGCGUUGACGAGGGCGCUGUCGUCGUUGACGGAGCCGCUGUCGCUGCGGCCGCGCGACGACGGCGACGGCGGCGGCGACGACGGGCGCGGCGGCGACGACGACGGCGGCGGCGACGGGCGCAUCGUCGACGACGACGUGAGGAAGAAGAAACGGUGGAGCUCGCCCGCGACCGCGCGCGUCGUGAGAACGUGGCGCCUGGACGACGACGACAGCGACGACGACGACGACGGCGGCGGCGGCGCCGCCGACGGCGCGCGGUACGAGACGCGACGCGCGCGAGAGACGUGGCGCGCGCGGCGACGCGAAGAGUUGGACGUCACGCCCGAGAUUGAACGCCGUCGGGAUGGGAAGGACGGGUUCGUGGACAUCGAGAUAACCGUUACGGAUGGAGCGUUUCAUCUCGUCCGGAGACUCGUGAAGCGCGCCGGUCUGAAGAUGCGGCACCUGCGAAGGACCGCCGUCGGCGGCGUCUCGACGCGCGGCAUCGACGACCCGGGCGACGCGCGAGCGCUGACGCGCGACGAGGUGGACGAUCUGAUCGCGCAGUACGACGCGCGCGCGCCGCCGAAGAAUAGAACGGAUAGACUCUAG